UUUGCAAUCACAACAAUGUAUUUUGACAUUUCGUUUGCUAGUCAGCUGGUUUGCAAGGCGAGCCUAAUAUUUGGACGACGACUGGGACAGAAGGAUAUUCUUCAUUCGUUUUUUCUCUUUCCCAAGUAAACAAACAGCUGUUGCCUCUUCCACUUUCUACACCUUCUUACAUUCUGCUUAUUCGUCUUUUUGCAUUUCUCUUCUCCCGCAAAACUCUGUGUUUGUACAGAGUACACAGAAAGCACAGCGCGUCGCCGCCGAAAAAUCGUACCACUUCGUUGUCUGCUUUUGAUUGAAUUAUUUCGGAAUAAAACAAAAUAAUGAAAGAGACUCCCCUUUCCACGUGCGAAAAGAAUUUUAUAAUUCAAGCAAUUAAACAAAAUCAGCGUUUAGAUGGUAGGAAGAACGAUGAGUUUCGAAAUAUUAAAAUAAACUACGGUGCCGAAUGGGGAAGUGUACUGGUUGCGUUGGGUGAGACCAAAGUACUCGCACAAGUGUCUAGCGAACUUGGUGAACCCAAAGCCACACGUCCCAAUGAGGGCAUCUUCCAUAUAAACGUCGAAUUGGGUCCCAUGGCUGCCCCACAUUUUGAGGCUGGUCGUAAUUGCGAAUUAACUGUACAGCUUAACAGAACCUUGGAGAGAACAUUCAAGGACUCAAAGUGCCUCGACUUGGAAUCUUUGUGUAUAACUGCCGAAGAACGCGUCUGGAUUUUACGGGUAGAUUUGAACGUACUUAAUCAUGAGGGAAAUUUAAUUGACUGUUGCUCUAUUGCCACUCUUUGUGCUCUAAUGCAUUUUAGAAGACCAGAAGUCAGUAUAGUUGAAGACGAUGUAAUUAUACACACUGCGGCCGAGAAGGAACCGCAACCUAUGGUUAUGCAUCAUUAUCCAGUUUGCGUUAGUUACUGCACAUUCGACGAUGGCUCGAUAGCUGUGGCAGAUCCUACCGUUAUGGAGGAACGCACUAGUGAAUCACAAAUGAUAUUUGGAAUUAACUCCUUCAGAGAACUAUGCUGUCUAAAUUUGGGUGGUUCUUCAUUGACCAGCUCAGCGUUGUUACUGCAAUGCUCAAAAAGAGCGGCAAAACAUGCAAAGUAUGUUGUAGAACUGGUGAAAAAGACACUAGAAAACGAUUUGUCAGCUAGAGAGGAUCGCUCAAAUGUAGGUUUUACAGAAUGCCUUAAACAAAAUUCCAUAACCAGUCUGGCUGAAGAUCGAUUGGUUUUAAAAUUGAGACACUUUACAUUCGAAGAUGGGGAUAAAAAAUCAAUGAUAGAGGAAGAAAAAUUUAAUGAGAAGGACAUUGAAAAUGAAGAAAAAGAAGUUGCUACAAAUAUAGAUCCCAAAAACGACCUUCAGACUACAACAACCGACAAAUGGUCCGUAGAAGAACAAGACGAUUCUAAUAUGGAAAGUGAAGAAGUCGAGUCAUCACAAGAAGAUUGUACGAAAAAUAAUAAGGGUGUUCGACCAAAAAAGGACCAAAGGGGAAAUCUAAAAUCACAAAGCGAUUCAGAGGAGGAUGAAAAAAUUACUAUAUGAUUUUUUUUGUUGAAAAUAAAAUAAUGUUAAUAUGGCAUUGUUCGACCCUA